AUUAUUAUUAUUAUGGGCUGAUUGUGGACUCGCGGUUUGUCCGGGGCAGAGGGGUCUCUCCGUUUCUGACCGUCCUGCCCCAUACCAGACACCAGAUGACGCUCUUGUCUUGCUGUCCUGCCCUUUUUUCGCUAAAGAUCCUCUCCUGGUCCUCGACACCCAACAGCUCAAAGUUUACCGGACACGUUUCUCCUAUUCAUCAAUACCCCCAUUGACUAUCAAAGCCAAUUUAUGACUGGCCAACAUGUGCACGUGAUCCCAUACAAAUACCCCAUAUUUGGGCAGCGCCCGUCGGAUCAAGAAUUAAAAAAAGAUACCAAAGCCUACUCCACCUAUAAAUCCUGGAUUAUUUUUUUAAGGCAGACAGCUCUGAAUUUCCCAAAAGCGCGGCUACAAAGAAAAGCAAUGAUCAACAAAAACAAGGAAAAAACCGCAACAUUCCGGCGACCCGGCAGCGCACUCUAGUUUGAAGAGAAAGUAUAGGUGAUAGGUAAAAAUGAGCUCUUAUGUUGACAGCUUCAACCUCGUGCAAACAAGCGAGACAACUUCUCCAAACACUAUGUUUAGUUUCGAUCUCUCUGGGCGCAGGUCCAGCCGCUAUGAGGGUGUUAAUGUGAACGGGAUAUUCACUUGUCCCGUCCCCACGACCUCUGUCGAACGGGAGGAGAUGAAAACUAGCCUGCGUGGCAACGCGGAUCCUCCUCCGCCGACAGGACCGCAGAUAACCAUGGUCUCCAGCAGCUCGUCGGUGGACGCGAGCGGGCUCGACUACUGCGGCAGCGCGCUGCUGGGACGAGUGGGAGACAGGGACGCGGAGAGGAGCGCAAAAUCCGGCGCCAGCAAGAGCCAGGAAAGCGAGAGAAACGCGGAGAGCGCGCAGUCGAAACGAAACACAAACGUGAAUCAGCCUCAGGACAGUGAGCAGCAGCCACAGAUUUAUCCAUGGAUGACAAAACUGCACAUGAGCCACGAAUCGGAGGGUAAGCGGUCCAGGACCAGUUACACCCGCUACCAGACUCUGGAGCUGGAGAAAGAAUUUCACUUCAACCGGUACCUGAGUCGCCGCAGGCGCAUAGAGAUCGCCCACACCCUGUGUCUAAACGAGAGGCAGAUCAAAAUCUGGUUCCAGAACAGGCGAAUGAAGUGGAAAAAGGACUCAAAGAUCAAAGUGAAGGAGUAAAAGUGCAACAAUGAACCGGGUGCAUGCAGCACGUUUUCAGCCCCACACUGCACACUGUGCUGGAGUGCCGCCUGACCUCUGGAUGAACUGCAAGGAGCAAUGACAUCAUGACACCGCUUUGUGUGCUUCAUCACCAAUUAUGUGUCACUCGCUGCAGUUUGGGACCUAAUGUAUUGAAUAUCACUCACUUUGAUCAAUCGGUUUACAUUUCUAAAUUAAUUUGCUGCCCGUGCGAUGAUAACCUCACUUUGCUGCACGAAGGGGACAAGAGGUUGAGGGGAGCAGGGUCCUUCACGCCGCCAGGCUUAAGGCUGCCCAGUGCUACUAAUUAGCCGUGGUUUUAAUUAGGACGAGACUAGAAGAGGCAGGAUACCAUUUCCAAUCACACUCAUCUGAUCAAGCGAUGAAUCAAAUAAAGACGAAGCGUAUUCUGACUCCAGUGGAAAUACUAAACAGGUCCUGUCGCAACAGUUUAAUUGUUUCUCGCCAGUAACAACUACUUUACUUUUUUUACAUUUCUUUUUGUUUCAUUAAAAUGUUGAAGUGUGGCUGGAUGUGCGAUGCUCGCAUCGACGUCGUUCACGUUUCCUGUCAUAUGUUUGUGAAUAUAAACCAUUAUGUAUAAUACAGCGACUGUAUGUGAUGAUGUUGUGAUGUGCAAUGAAAGCAUUUCUCGUUCGUGACGGUGCCGGGUCGACACCCAGCCUGAAAUAACUGAAACGUGACCCAUAUGUUCACUGUAACUAAUAAAGUCUCAGCAUUAAAAGUG